CUGCUCUCCUCCCAUGAUCCUUUGCAGCACACCAGCGCUGAUAGCUGCUGGGCUAGCUGCUACUUCAGGAGCUAUUCUGCGAGCCUGGAUCUGGAGCUAGCCGUAAAGCACACACGGCGCAGAGCUUUACAUGCUUCCGGAUGACUGUCCUCCGAUGGCUGAAGAAGACACUCGGAUGUGAGUUGAACUUGGCACCCGAGAUCAAGGACAGACACGCUGCCCGUGCUGCCGCGGCAGAUAUGCAGCAUGUGUGCCGCUGAGAGAAGAAUGACAUUUGUCUCAUUUUAAUUCCUGGAGCUGCUUUGGGCAAAGUGGAGCCUUGAUUAAAAAGCUGCCGCUCCGAGCCAAGUUGGUUUUCCCUCUCCACCCAUUUCAUUGCGCUGCCCCAGUGUAGUGUGGAAACUGUUAUGGCAUUGGAGGCCACCUGAUCAAACGGGGAGCGUGGCCGUGCUGGAGGAUUAGACUAUGCUGUGGGAGCAGUGACUGGACUAGGAGAGCAGGCUCGCAGCAACACGCACCAUGCAGGGACGCUAGGCGCUCCGUCAAAGCCCCUUCUGUGUGGCGCUUGUUUCUUUUUUUCUGCGAUCUCACCAGUUUGAAUGGUUGAGCACAAGGGGCACUGUGAAGGAGCCCACCGGUGGCUGUGGUUUGGCCAAAGCUGACAGGCUUCUUGCCAGCUAUUGCUGAUUUAGGACCCCUGUCCACUGCUGUAGCCCCCUUUGCUGUGGUAUCCAGAAUGGUGAAUGCAGACUGGAGGCAUAGCAGGAACGUAACGGGACCGAAUACUAGUGUAGCUGGUUACUUUCUAUAACUUUCAGCACUGUGAGGAAUUGCAUUCCGCUUUUCAAGGAGUUUUUUUUCUGGACUGGAAAAAACAUCACUCAAGGCCAUUAAUAAAAAAUUUAAGUCCUGGAAAGAAGACUGCGCCAAAAGGAUGAAGCUGAGGAAGCAGGUGACAGUGUGUGGAGGGGCCAUUUUCUGUGUGGCUGUUUUCUCACUAUAUCUGAUGUUGGAUCGAGUCCAACAUGACCCUGCAAGACGACAGAAUGGCGGGAACUUUCCAAGGAGCCAAAUCUCAGUUUUGCAAAAUCGGAUUGAGCAGCUCGAGCAGCUCCUGGAGGAAAAUCAUCAAAUCAUCAGCCACAUAAAAGACUCGGUGAUGGAGCUCACAGACACCGGAGCGGUGUCUCCCAGCGGCCACCUGCCAUUCAGAAGUGCCAAUGGUUCCUGGGUUCUACCGUUUGAUGGCCGCCCCACUUUCCUCGCUGUCAAACCCCAGGAUUGCCAGUUUGCUGUAGGCAGCCGUGAUCAAGCAGACGUUCAGAUGCUGGAUGUUUAUUCCCUCUUGAAGUUUGACAACCCCGAUGGCGGUGUAUGGAAACAAGGCUUUGACAUUACUUAUGAGCCUGAUGAAUGGGACAAUGAGCCCCUGCAAGUAUUUGUGGUCCCUCACUCCCACAAUGAUCCAGGUUGGGUCAAGACUUUUGACAAGUACUUCACAGACCAGACACAGCACAUUUUGAACAACAUGGUGGUGAAGCUGGCCGAGGAUCCCCGCAGGAAGUUCAUCUGGUCUGAGAUUUCAUUCUUCUCCAAGUGGUGGGAGUCGGCAGACGCACACAAACAGGAGGCCAUGCGCAAACUGAUCCUUGGAGGGCAGAUAGAGAUUGUGACAGGAGGCUGGGUAAUGACGGAUGAAGCCAACGCUCACUACUUCGCCAUGAUAGACCAACUCAUUGAAGGACACCAGUGGCUGGAGAGAAAUCUAGGCAUAACUCCUCGCAGUGGAUGGGCGGUGGACCCCUUCGGUCACAGUGCUACUAUGCCCUAUUUGCUGAAGAAGGCCAACCUGACCAGCAUGCUCAUCCAGAGGAUCCACUACUCCAUCAAAAAACACUUCGCCUCCACCCGCAGCCUGGAGUUUAUGUGGAGACAGGCCUGGGACACCGGGUCCAGCACCGACAUCUUUUGCCACAUGAUGCCGUUCUACAGCUACGACGUUCCUCACACCUGUGGCCCUGAUCCAAAGAUCUGCUGCCAAUUUGACUUCAAGCGCUUGCCAGGUGGUCGGAUCAAUUGUCCCUGGAAAGUUCCGCCUAAACCCGUGGUGGAGGCCAACGUAGCCGAGAGGGCACACCUGCUCCUGGAUCAGUACCGUAAGAAGUCCAAGCUCUACCGCAGCAAGGUGCUUCUUGUCCCCCUGGGAGAUGACUUCCGCUACGAUAAAGCCCUGGAGUGGGACCAGCAGUACAUGAACUACCAGAAGCUGUUUGACUACAUGAAUUCCCAACCGGAAAUGCAUGUACAGGCUCAGUUCGGGACUCUCACAGACUACUUCAAUGCCUUAUACAAAGCCUACGGAGUGGCCCAGGGAUCCAGACCUGCAGACUACCCAGUGCUCAGUGGGGAUUUCUUUGCCUAUGCAGACCGCGAAGACCACUACUGGACCGGCUAUUUCACUUCCCGACCCUUUUACAAGAACUUGGACCGUGUGAUCGAGUCGCACCUCAGGGGGGCAGAGAUCCUCUACAGCCUGGCAGUUGCAAAUGCUCGCCACGCAGGCAUGGAGGGACGCUACCCGGUCUCCGAUUAUGCCCUGCUGGUCGAUGCAAGGCGGUCCGUUGGGCUCUUCCAGCAUCACGAUGCCAUCACCGGCACGGCCAAGGAGAACGUCGUCAUCGACUACGGCACCAAAUUACUGCGUUCGCUCAUCGGUCUAAAGAGAGUAAUCAUCAAUGCUGCUCAUUUCCUGGUGAUGAAAAACAAAGAGUUCUAUCGCUUUUACCAGACCGAGCCCUUCCUGGAGACGGAUGACAGGCGCGCUACUCAGGACUCUCUGCCUCAGCGCACUUUAAUCGAACUGGACCCAGCAGGACCGAGGUACCUGGUCCUGUUCAACCCCGUCGAGCAGGAGCGGCUGUGCGUGGUGACGGUGCUGGUCAACGUGGUCAGGGUCCGGGUGCUGACCGAGGACGGACAGACCCUCCCCGUGCAGCUGAGCGCUCAGUGGAGCUCCGCUAGUCAGAUGAGCGCGGAGGUAUUCGAGGCCACGUUCAUGGUUCGCCUGCCGCCUCUGGGUCUCGCUCUCUUCCACCUGUACGACUCCGCGGACUCGCCCAUGACGCUCCGCUCCGACACGCUCCUCAGGCUGCCCGCCCGAGGCGCCACCCCCCGGGCCGGAGACCCGCUUCCUGUCCGCUCUCAGCAGUCCGACCCCCGCACCUUCUACAUCAGCAGCCAGUCUCUCACGCUGGGCUUCUCCGGGACCACCGGCCUCCUGGAGAGUAUUAAGCGCAAAGACGAUCCUCAGGAAGUGAAGGUUCAGAUGCAGUUCAUUGUCUAUGGCACUCGUCCUUCCAAAGACAAAAGUGGGGCUUACCUCUUCCUGCCUGAUGGGAAAGCGAAGCCGUACAACCAGAGAGAGCCGCCCGUGGUGCGCGUCGUGGAGGGGCCGCUCUUCUCCGAGGUGGUGGCACACUACCAGCAUUUUCAGCAGAGCGUUCGCAUUCACAACGUGCCAGGAGUGGAGGGCCUUUCUAUCGACCUCACCACCAUGGUGGACAUCAGAGACCAGACUAAUAAGGAGCUGGCCAUGCGGCUGGUCACCGAUGUUCAGAGUGGAGACUUAUUCUACACAGACCUCAAUGGCUUCCAGAUGCAGCCUCGCCGCCGCCACCUGAAGCUUCCUCUGCAGGCCAACUUCUACCCCAUGCCCAGCCAGGCGUACAUCCAGGACAGCCAUCACCGCCUCACACUACACGCAGCUCAGGCUCUGGGCGUCAGCAGCCUAGACAGCGGUCAGCUCGAGGUGAUUAUGGACCGGCGGCUCAUGCAGGAUGAUAAUCGUGGCCUGGGUCAGGGCCUGAAAGACAACAAGAAGACAGCCAACCGCUUCCGACUGCUACUGGAAAGACGAUCCAUGGGAAACAAGCAUGAUGGCUUUUUUGGCAAACUCUCCUCCUUGUUUCAUUCUUUCUUCUCCAAAAUAUUGACUGACAGAGUCAAAGAGAUGAUGGACAGUGCAACAACCAGCUUCCCGUCCAUACUCAGUCACAUGACCAGCUCCUUCCUAAACCACGAGGUCCUGGCGCUGCCUGUCCUGCCCAAAAGACGCGGCAUCCCCCCUCUGCAAACCUUCGCCCCUCUUAAAUCCAGCCUUCCCUGCGAUUUCCACAUGCUGAAUCUGCGCAGCAUCCAGAGCCCGCAGGACCCCAACUCUCCAUCUCCGUACACCGCCCUGUUACUACAUCGUCUGGCGCUGGACUGUGACCUUGAGGCCCAGAACCUGGGAUUCAAUUGCACCACCACUCAAGGACAGCUGAGCAUAUCGGGACUCUUUAAGAAUCUGGACCUGCAGUUGCUCCAGCCCAUGUCUCUCACCUUGAUGCACUCCAGCACACCUCUGGCCAACGACUCCACCAUUAGCCUGGAUCCCAUGGAGAUCUCCGCCUUCAAGCUCAAACUACGCUAAGAGCCAUCUGGGCUGGGAUGGGCAACAAAAACUCGGCAGACUCCUUGGACCAACAACCAGGCCUCAAUGGUGACAGAGAGGUCUGGGCCUCUCUGUUAUAUCAAGCGGAACGGCAAACACUGCUGCUCGGAGCAGAAGGGUCCACUGUAACAGGACUGACUGCACAGCAGGGGGCAGGCGAUGGCUGUUACUGUGGACGUCUCCGAGAGCAGUGAAACCCGGUCGAACUUGCAGCUGUUCCGAAACCAGGACUGCCAGAGUAGCUUGUCAGAUGCAGCAGGGUAACUCUUCAUUUCACUUAAUUCUGCAUUGCAAGGACCCGUGUCUUUUUUUACUCGAGUCUUUUUCCUCUCCCUCCUGGGCUCACGAACUACUGAAUGUAAAUAUUCCAGAUGGGGGGGCCUUUAAAGCUUUAUUUGGUGUUAUUUGGGUUUUUAAUUUUUGGUUUGUUAUAGCAGACACAUCACAUUUUUGUACCAAUCAAUCUUUUUAAAUAUUUCUUUCUCAUAUACAGCAAACAGAAUGUGUGGUCCAUCUUUCUCAGCAUGCCAGGAUACCUGAGCUCCAGCUCUUCAGUUCUCAUACGUCUGUGUCCAAAAAUCCAGCGACCGUCACAGGGCGCAGGCUCUGUCUGAUGUCUCUGCUUGUAGAUAGUCAUUUUCCUUUCAUCCCAUCUUCUCCUCCCCUCCCUGAGCGCCCCGUUUGCUGAUGAGAAGGUCUGUGCUUUUCGAAGUUGCUGUCCAUCAUGCCUGUGCUAUUACCUUUUUGCAGAGGAGCUGGUUUUGUGUACUGUUAUUCUGUAUGCAGUAGAAGACUAGACCAAGGCUAUACCUCAUGUGUACCAUGCAGCAGAGAAAGGGUGUGUGCGUGGAGUAUGUUGAGAGUGUCGUGUACACUAUCAGGGACCAUUUCUAGUGCUGUUAGGUGUCAUUGAUCAGUUUGUGUGUUGAGCAGUGGGCCAUGUAAAGCUGGAUGAAGGAGAAUGGUCUUUAGGGACUUAAGGGGACGUGGUCACGCUUCAUUGGUUUUGGCUUGGAGAAUUUUGAUUGAGGGCUUCAAACAUUUUAUGCAAGAAAACAAUGUGAAAACUGCCCAUGGUGAUUUUCAUAGAGCCCAACGUCACAGAUUACAACCCAGAACCAUGAAAUAUUUGUAUUUAUAAAUCUUUAAAAUAAAACCAAUAUCUCAUAUUCACAUUUGAGAAGCUAUAAACAGAAUAUCUGGCAUAUUUGCUGAAUAGGUGGAAUAAAGUUAUGCAUUUAAUUGAUGUGUUGAUGUUUAUCAUGAUGCUGAGUGGAAUGAAAGUGUCAUAGACCACAGCCCUCACUGUGAAGAGGUAACAUAUUCUUAUGCAGACUAAAGCCUGUUUGUUUGUGUGUCUGUGUGUGGGGGGUGUGUGUGUUUUCUGUUUAAUUGCCAAUUUCACGGGUCUCACAGGGUGAUUGUCGUCAUACAACGCACAUUUCCUGCCUGUGUUGAACAGUGAUGGGUUGUUUUCUCACCAUCAUAGUCCCUCCUAUAUCCUGUAUUUGUUGGGUGGAGCUGGGUUUCAGCUGUUGUCUGUGUGGAAAGCAGGAGGUUAGACGUUGGGUCUGGAAAGAGGCGAUGCUGGAAUGAAUGAUUGAUAGACGGUGGAGAUCUCGGGGAUGAAUUGCUGAAAACCAAAACCCGUCUAUUGCCUUUUUAUGUGCACUUGGGUGAACGGACCCCUGGAAUUUGGUUUAAAUCACAUAUAGGCAGAAAACAAUGAGUUGCUUCAAAUAAACCGCAACAUGUUUGUUUCUUUUUUGUUUUCUUAAAAAAACAUUUCACUUUCAUGGUGGAUCUCACCCCGAGGGCGCCUCCUGACACUCGUCCUACUGUGUCUGUGUUUCCACCGCGGCCGUGGAGGAUGUUGUCAUCCGUGUCCAAAGCUCAGCCCACCUGCAUCGCACUUUGUGCCGCUCCACCGUCUCACCCUGCCCGACUGUGUCUCAUCACUUUACCCGGUCAUCGCCCUCAUUUUGCACAGGGGGGGGCGCCUUGUUGCUCUCCUCCACUGAUGCCGUCGUGCAUCCAGCCUCGCCUCUCGCUGCCAGCGCCCCCCCGCUCCCCCGGCUGCAUUAACGCUCUUGUCAGACCGGUCUUUGCUGCAUGCUCUCAUAUUGUCUUUUAACCUCGUCACAACCUCCCUCUCCCCCCGCUGCGUCUCUGUGCGUCUGUGUCUGUGCGAAUGUUUUCACUUUUUCAAAACGUGAUGUCUGUUGUAGUGCCGUUAUUCCUUUUGUUUAUUCAGAGGUAAUAUAUGAAGGCGAGGUCUCUUCUGUUGUUUUCUCCCUUUGUUCGCGACAUAUUAAAGCUGCAGAAGAACCACAGGAGAGAUGUGAAUAAAGAUUUCAAUCG